UGGAGAGAAGCAGUGGAGAAUAAGUGUAAGACAAUAAGUGAAGAUGGCUCCCCAGCUAUACCUCACCAUGUACAAAGAGCAGUUUGCCUCUCCUGGCACAACGAAACGAGAACAACUUCGACCCACCUCUGCCAACCGCAGGAACAACCCCCAGCCCCGGCCGGACUUUCUGUUUCCCUGGAGUCUUCAGCCCAACUACAGGUCACGCCGCACACCACCACAGACCUCGCCCUCUGUGGACACUGGCCGUCCACUCUUUCCCCCUGUCAGACAUUUAUCAUUCCACAGUCCAGUUACGACUUGUCCAGACAACAAACCAAACCACAUGCCUCCUGUCAACCCAUCCACAGUACCAGCUCUGCCCUCUGCUGACGGACUGCAGAAACUACAGCUGACUGAGCCUCCGUCUGGCUCUGGAUUUAAGCUCCACGCAGCUUUGAAGAACCCAGCAAGAACUGGUUAUCAGAGGAUUGUUCAUCCACUUACAGCACAGCAACUCAGGCAACAUGCAGGUGCUCAGCUUCAGACAAGACCCCAAACCAGCAACCCUCAACACUACUUUCCACGGACACAAUACCGGAGGUCUAGUUCUGGCAUCAGCCAGGAUUUUAGCGGGUGCUACAGCUGCUUUCAUGUGGUGAAGCCCUACCAAGCAGGACACUACAUCAUACACCCAGAGUUUGUGUCUGAGUGCCUUCGUUAGGACUAUUAGAGCACGGUGGGGACCGGGGACCCGCAGAGGUCCUUGAGGGGAUCGUUAGCUUCACUAUUGUUUAAUUCUCCACUAAUUAACCCAGCGAGACAAGGUGUAAGAAUGAAUAAUGCAACUGUAGGCUGCACUCUCACCACUAUUAUCUCCCUACAUACAGCACCGUGGCCACUUUUACAAUUCAGUACUAAAUCAGCAGCAAAGAUCUUCCCCAUAAGGGGCUUGUGGUGAUCAAAUCGAACGAGGCACUGUGGCCCUAAUGUGUACGUCUGUGGCAUUAAAAUUUUA